GUGGUGCUGGCCGCAGACGCGGCCGCUGCCCUGGCCGACCGGCCGGGUGCCAGCGCCGCGCAGCGUCAGGCUGCGGCCAUGGCCAACUUGGCGGUGCGGGAGGAGCGGGCAGCUGCCGCAGCGGCCAGCCACAAUGCCCGCGCUGCACUGAUGGAGGAGCAUGGGGAGCGGGGAACUCGCUGGUUCCAUCGGCAGGCUGACGAGCCAGCAGCCGGCGCGCAGGAGCCCAUCACACACUUGAAGGUGCCGGGGCAACCGGCGCCUGUGGCGCUCACGGGGCCGGGCACGCGCAACACUGUCUCCGCAGCCGCUGCAGCCAUGUACAGCAGCACCAGCCCCACCGGCCUGUUCCGCGUGCAGCCGGUCUGUACGGCGUCGCAGCAACAGCUUCUGGCGGCCAUUGACCGCAAGGUUCCAGCGGAUCUGCAGGCCGCCGCAGAGGGGUCCGGUGACGGCGCCCUCAGUGAUGCCGAGCUGAUGGCAGCGCUGGCUGGCUCCGCCAAUGGUAAAGCGCCUGGGUCGGACGGGGUCCCGUACGAGGUGUACAAGGUUUUCUGGGCGCUGCUGGGUCCGCGCUUGUGUGCUGCUGCUGCCGCUGCCUUUGCUGCCGCUGCAGACGCCCACGAUGGCGGCGAAAUGGCGGCGGCGCUGCCCGCCUCCUGGCGGGAGGGCAUCAUUACGCUCAUCUACAAGGGCAAAAGCCUGGACCGCGCCGAGCUGGCGUCCUACCGGCCCAUCACGCUGCUCAACUGCGACUUCAAGAUGGUGUCCAAGGCCGUCAGCGCCCGCCUGCAGCCCGCCCUGGAUGCAGUUGUGGAUGAGCUGCAGACCGCGUUCAUCACCGGCCGCUGGAUUGGAGACAACGCGCUGUACCUCCAAGGCCUGAUCAAAUGGAUGCGCCUGGACGUGGGCGCAGACGGCACGCCACGGCAGGGUGCGGCGAGCAAGCGCCACCUGCUGCCCACCACGCUGAUGACACGACCCUCACGGCGCGCGACCCGGCGGUGGACGGGCCGGUCCUGAUGGCGGCAGUACAGCUUUUGUUUUUUAGGAAUCAUCCUUACAAGGUUUUUUUUUU